GAGUGGAGCCUACUGUACCACUUCGGCACAGCAAAACAAAGCGACAAGUUCGUGCGAGUCUUGUUUAGUGUGAACAAAAUCGCUGCCAGGCUGCAGGAAGGCCUCCAUUCGCUGGUAUAGCGCGUAGUGAGUGGUAAAAGCAUAAUAUAUAGGGAUGUGCCGUUGUGCCGUGGAUGUGUUGAAGGGGUUUAUGGUGGCUGUCAUUGCGGCUACGCUGCUGGGUCGGUUCGAAGGAUCCGCUGGGCAAGCACCUCCACUAGUAGCUGGCGACUGUCGCGCAGCCAAUGGCAGCGUUUUCCAGAGCUUCGCCAAUGUGAUCGAUGCCGACGCCCUGGGUGGCCCAGUACUGAACUCAUCAUCGUUGCUGGACGUUGAGUUUCUGAUCUACCAGAACAACACGUAUGCAUUCCCGUCAUGGCUGAAGUUGAUCCCUGGCAGCUCCAGUAGCAGUAGCAGUGGUGGCACUAGCCAGCUGACAGCAUCAUCCGCACCGGAUCAUGUCAUAGUGUACGGCACACCGGCUUACAUCGAUGGCAACUCCAUGCUCAAUCUGCAGGUACGUACAAUUGACAAGGACACCCUGGAUGUGCAGCAUGGCAAUCUCUGCAUCACAAUACAAGAGUCAACACGCAACUACAGUAAUCUCUACCGCGUUCUGUACCCGCUGCAAGCGCUCACCCGCAGCUUCAUCUCGGCCAACACCGCACCACACCUUGCCAGCUUGCUCGGUGACCAGCUUGGUGUGACACUACAGGUGUACGCCCUGGCACGGCCCAGGGAACACGGAUUGGUGGUGCGCGCAUCUGUCAACGCCCCCGAAGGGUUGUUGAUGACAGUCGCUCUGUCUGGCAAUGCCAAUGAAGUCAUCCAAGUCAACAAUGCUCUACAGCAGAAGUUGUGCACCACCGGCACAAUCCGGAGCAUUGUCUCUGCAGCUGUGGCUACCGAUUACUGCUUUGUGCAACAGGUCGCUACGACUCCCCCGUCAAGAACCAUUGCCGGUCUUCAAGCAGUGCCCACCGCCGAUGCCCUGUAUCAGCCACUUGCCUAUGAUACCAGUCGUCGUGAUCACAGGGGAGCAUUCGCGGCGGCCAUUGCUGUCAGCGCCGUUUUCUGCUUUGUGAUGUUGCUGGUCUACAUAUUCGGCAACUCAUCUCCUUCACAACGCUAUGCCAUCACAGCUACAGACAGUCGCCAGCGGUCUGCAUCACCAGGUUCACGUCACAAGAGUAUCCAUGCUGCCACGGUGAGACUGCGCCACAUGACCUCAGCCAGUCACGUGACGCAUGAGCGAAUGUAUGAUGAUGUCACUGAUGAGGUCAUCGAAGCGCCGGUGAAGUCCUCUCGUCACUACAGUGGCAGUCAAGCAGCUGUUCAUGGAAGCGGUGUUGUCCAGUUCUCUAACCCAGCCCUCUUCGGCGACAGCUCUCUCGACGCCACAGACGGUGUAUUGCGGCAGCCAUGGUAUCCACGGCAACCCUCCUCCGCCGACACCCUCAGCACCAGUCAGGCAAGCGGCAGAGGUUCCGUCAGAUCCAGCGAGGCAGAUACUCGCCAUGUCGACAUGCCAUCUAGCAGUGCGGGUGUUACCGGCUCACGAGUGAUGACAACACCAAGGGAUGCAUUUCAGCAGCAAGGAAGAUCGUCUAUCCACUGGUCACCAAGCCUAUCGCCCCGAGACGCCGGUACACAGUACCACCACAUUGACGACAUACCCAGCGCCGCACACGCACACCGCAGCAGUGGGGCCAGCAGCAACACAGGACAACGCACAGCCGCCGACAGCGGCAUGGCCAAUGGCAGACCAACGACCUCGGCGUUGCCCGCAAUGCAGUCUUACGCUACCCGCAGCACAUCUUCUGGAGCAGCAGCGGCAGCGGUGGCAGGGGGAGCCGCAGCUCCAUUGCGAUGUCCACCACCGUAUGUCGCUCCGCUGAUAGACGGCAUUCACUCAUCUGCGACGCCUGCACACACCAGUAACGGUACCGGGAGAAAUUCGGGAGCUUCCGCCCUCUCAAGCACAACGUCACAGAUAGACGAGCUAUUGGAUGAGAUCAAUGAGCUGGAGGUACCCACACUGUUAUCAUAGUCGACUGCAGAAGACUAGCCGCUUUGAACAGUAUUACAAGAUGACGUCACAUGAUAGAGUAUUAGUCCCUGUAGACGUAGUUAUGCAGAAGACGUUGCGAUUAGUACGGUUGCGUGUCAGCUAUCCAGCCCUCUCGGGAUCGGACGCUGUUGAAUAAUAUGACUAUUCUGAAUAACUAAAGUAAUUGCAUAGCAAUCUUCUAUUCGCACAUCAAAAAGACUGUAGAGGUGAAGGAUUGCUACCUGUAUCAUUUGAUGCUCUAUUACUAGAACUACACUCUACAGUGCAUCCUGAGACAGCCGUCGUGCUCGUCUACAUAGGAUAGACUGUCGUGUAUUGAGCAUUACAGGAACCAUUCAUGAUGUUCACAGCCCUCACUUUACAUUACAUGUAUUAUUAGGGCUCAAACGAUUAGUCCGAUUAACCGGUUACGAAUAAUUGACGGUUAACCGAUAAAGAUAACGGUUAUGCAGUAGCUUUUCAGUCAAUUUUUCAAGUAUCAGGUCGUUGCAAGGUAUGCACUUUCGUAGGCUGUCGCACGCGUAAGCAAUUUCUGGGCUGUCAACUC